CGCCGCCGCUCGGGUUUUGAUUUCCUCUUUCUUCUCUGAUUUUAAGAAGUGAGACAGAAAAAGCAAUUCCUGUUAACCACUUAGACAAUGCAGGGGACUUCAGAUUCCAUUCAAGGAAGCUGGCUUCAUCAAGGUAACAAAAUGGACCACUGACACCAGAAGGGGCCUAGGCAGCAAGACAUGGAGGAGGUGGCAUCAGGACGCUGGGCAGGAUCGUGGAGUUUCACAGCGGACCUGUCAGAGAUAAAGAGACGGGAGGUCCGGAGCACGCUAGAGAAAGAGCGAGCAGGAGUCAGAGACCGAGUCUUACGUACACACACACAGAAAGCCGCAGAGACAAACUGUUAGGCUCUCUAGGAGGCCCGGGGGACCCACUCUGCCUAUCGCUACCCGCGGCUGUGCGGCCACUUCAAUGACCCGCAGGUCGCCGGCUGCUGCUCUUCCGAAGGCGGCGGAGAACUAGGGGCGCCGCAGCUGACUCCGACCCGCGCCGCCGCCCGACCUGCGCGCCCUUGGGCACCGACGUCCCCCUGCGCGCCAGCCCGCCGCGGGUCCUCGAGGGGAAGCCCCAGCCAGGAUGGCCCCGGGCCGGGCAGUGGCCGGGCUCUUGCUGCUGGCGGCCGCCGGCCUUGGAGGAGUGGCAGAGGAGCCCGGGCUCGCCUUCAGCGAGGAUGUGCUGAGCGUGUUCGGCGCGAAUCGGAGCCUGUCGGCGGCGCAGCUUGGCCGCCUGCUGGAGCAGCUGGGAGCCGCCCCCAGCCGGGGCGCCGCGGAGCCGGGCCAGCUGCACUUCAACCAGUGUUUAUCUAGCGAAGAGAUCUUUUCCCUUCAUGGCUUUUCAAAUGCCACCCAGAUCACCAGCUCAAACUUCUCUGUCAUCUGUCCAGCAGUCUUACAGCAAUUGAACUUUCACCCUUGCCAGGAUCGGCCCAAGCACAAAACAAAACCAAGUCUUUCAGAAGUUUGGGGAUAUGGAUUCCUGUCAGUGACAAUCAUUAACCUGGCAUCUCUCCUCGGACUGGUUUUGACUCCAUUGAUAAAGAAAUCUUACUUCCCAAAGAUUUUGACCUAUUUUGUGGGGUUGGCUAUUGGGACUCUUUUUUCAAAUGCAAUUUUCCAACUUAUUCCAGAGGCAUUUGGAUUCAAUCCCCAAGUCGACAACUAUGUCGAGAAGGCUGUUGCUGUAUUUGGUGGAUUUUACUUACUUUUCUUUUUUGAAAGAACGCUUAAGAUGCUACUAAAGACAUAUGGUCAGAAUGAUCAUACCCACUUUCACAAUGAUGACUUUGGUCCUCAAGAAAAAGCACAUCAACCUAAAACGUUACCUGCCAUCAAUGGUGUAACGUGCUAUGCCAAUCCUGCUGUCACAGAGCCUAACGGACACAUCCAUUUUGAUAAUGUCAGUGUAGUAUCUCUACAGGAUGGAAAAAGGGAGUCAAGUUCAUGUACCUGUCUGAAGGGGCCCAAACUAUCAGAAAUAGGGACCAUUGCCUGGAUGAUAACACUCAGUGAUGCCCUCCACAACUUCAUCGAUGGCCUGGCCAUUGGGGCUUCCUGCACCUUGUCUCUGCUUCAGGGACUCAGCACUUCGAUAGCGAUCCUGUGUGAGGAGUUUCCUCACGAGUUAGGGGACUUUGUGAUCCUACUCAGUGCAGGGAUGAGUACUCGCCAAGCCUUGCUAUUCAACUUCCUUUCUGCGUGUUCCUGCUACGUUGGGCUCGCUUUUGGCAUUUUGGUGGGCAACAAUUUUGCUCCAAAUAUCAUAUUUGCACUUGCUGGAGGCAUGUUUCUCUAUAUUUCUCUGGCAGAUAUGUUUCCAGAGAUAAAUGAUAUGCUGAGAGAAAAGAUAACGGGAAGAAAAACCGAUUUCACAUUCUUCAUGAUUCAGAAUGCUGGAAUGUUAACGGGAUUCACAACCAUUCUGCUAAUUACCUUGUAUGCAGGAGAAAUCGAUCUGGAGUAAUAAGAAAUGGAAAAUGGUAUUGUUAAUAAAGGCAUUUAAUAAAUAAAAACAUCUCCAA